AACAAAACCAAAAUAUAUAUUUUUUCUCGGAAAAAAAAACAUGUUUUCAAAGAUGCAGCUGGUGGUUCUCAUGUCGUUCUUGCUCCUUCUUCCAUUGUGUUCUUCAAGGUUUGGAGAGAGCCAUGAAGAUGGAGUUCCUCACACCGACCAAUAUUCACUAAAUAUGGUUGAAGAGAGUAUUCCGAAAAUGAUGGAAACAGGCACAAACCCAAGCCACGAUCAGACAACAAACGGUUGGGGUCGUCCUACGCGGCCACCGCCAUCGCGGAUGAUGGAUUAUCCGAAAACAUACCCAAACCCAAGCCGCGGUCAGACAACAAACCGUGUUAUUCGUUUGUCGCCACCGCCACCACGGAUGAUGGAUUAUCCGAAAAAAGACCCAAACCCAAGCCACGAUCAGACAAUAAACCGUGUUAUUCGUUUGUCGCCACCGCCACCACGGAUGAUGGAUUAUCCGAAAGCAUACCCAAACCCAAGCCGCGGUUAGACAACAAACCGUGUUAUUCGUUUGUCGCCCCGCCACCGCGGAUGAUGGGUUAUCCGAAAACAUACCCAAACCCAAGCCACGAUCAGACAAUAAACCGUGUUAUUCGUUUGUCGCCACCGCCACCGCGGAUGAACUAAGAAUUAUGAUGAUGAAGUAGAGAUGAAAAUAUGAUGUGUAACUGUCAAACUAAUCAAUAAUAAGCUAUAAUAAACUUGGUCAAAGAAUUGGUCAAUUGUUUGCAUUUUUACUUUCGGUAAAAGAAUUCAAACUUUGAAUCAUUGAAUUUUUUUUUCUUCUUAAAUAAUCAAGUUAAUAAACUUGUGAACCAAGAAAUUUCAUCUGCA